AUCUUCUUUUGCAGUGGCAGUAUCGUAAACUCCAUAUUCAUCUGCCUCGUAAAGCUGACGCGAUUUUCCCAAACCCCAGCACCGUCUCGUCCCCUUUCCUUCAAUUCCCCUUUCCACAUGAACCUCAGAGAAAGACACAUCCCCUCAUUUACAUAAAUUAGGUUUCUUACAUUAACAAAUUUUAAUCUGGGCUGCAAUAUUACGAUUGAAAGAUUUUCUCUAUAGCUAACAUUAGGGUUUUUGACUUUUGUUAUGAUCAGAUUGGUUUCAAUCGCCCACGGAUCAGAUUCGAGCAAUCUUGUUAUUGGACGGACCUAUUUGUGUAUUUUCUUUUAAUAAUUUGGUUAUGGAUUUAGACGCGAAUGGAGGAAAUAAGCGUGUGUUUCAGCGGUUGGGAGUUGGGCCUUCAACAACCGACACAAAGCAGAAAGUUUGCUACCACUGGCGAGCGGGAAAGUGUAACCGAUUUCCUUGCCCGUUCUUGCACAGAGAAUUGCCGCUUCCGCCGCAGAAGACGGGGCCGGCCAACGGAGCCACAGUGAAGCGGUUUGCGAAUUCAUCUUGGGGUAGAGUUGGGAACAAUAAUCGGCCGGUGAGGAAGACGGAGAAAGUGUGUACUUAUUGGGUUGAAGGGAAGUGCGGUUACGGGGAGAAGUGUAAAUUUUUGCAUUCCUGGUUUUUGGGUGAGGGUUUUAGGUUGUUAACGCAACUUGAAGGCCACCAGAAGGUUGUUAGUGGAAUUGCGUUGCCAUCGGGAUCCGAUAAGCUUUAUUCAGGAAGUCAAGAUGAGACUGUGAGGGUUUGGGAUUGUGCGUCUGGCCAGUGUAUGGGUGUGGUUAAUCUUGGUGGUGAACUUGGUUGUAUGAUUAAUGAAGGUCCAUGGAUUUUUGUGGGUCAACCAAAUGUUGUCAAGGCAUGGAAUACCCAAACAAAUACUGACCUUAGUCUUACUGGACCAGUUGGACAAGUUUAUGCUUUGGCCGUGGGCAAUGAUUUGCUCUUAGCUGGUACACAGGAUGGGUCUAUAUUGGCAUGGAAAUUUAAUGCUGCUACCAACGGCUUUGAACCAGCAGCAUCACUUAAAAGUCACAAUCUUGCAGUUGUUUCUUUAGUGGUUGGAGCUAAUAAACUUUACUCUGGUUCUAUGGACAAUUCUAUAAGAGCCUGGGACCUUGAAACUUUGCAGUGCAUACAAACUUUAACUGAGCAUACUUCAGUUGUGAUGUCCCUUCUUUGCUGGGACCAGUUUCUCUUAUCAUGUUCAUUGGACAAAACAAUAAAGGUUUGGGCUGCUACAGAAAGUGGAAACUUGGAAGUAACGUAUACACACACUGAAGAUCAUGGAGUGCUUACUAUGUGCGGAAUGCCUGAUUCGGAAGGCAAGCCAGUCUUGCUUUGCUCUUGCAAUGACAACUCUGUUCAUCUCUAUGAUUUGCCAUCGUUCUCUGAAAGGGGUAAAAUCUUUGCCAAGCAGGAUAUUCGAUCCAUCCAACUAGGUCCUGGUGGUCUGUUUUUUACUGGUGAUGGAACUGGGCAAGUGAAAGUGUGGCAAUGGUGGAAUGGAUCGGCUGAUACGUCUUGAUGACCUGUGACAUUUUUUUUCUGGAUCUUGUAUUUUUAUCUUCAUUAUUUUAUAUCUUUCCAUUCUAUCUUUUGCAUUUUCUUCUGAUGUGCAAGUUUGCGGAAGUAAUUAUAAGUUGAGAAUGCCAUUUAACCCAUCCUAGUUUGUAGUUUUUUAGCAGCAACAACGGACCUCAUAAUACAGAACUUUGUACGGACUACAUUUCCAGCCUUUCAUCAUGUAUCCAUUAGUUUGAGCUGAGGUGCCUUGGAUUUUCUCAAGGUUUCCUCAGUGUUCAUCUUCUGUGUGCAACAAUUUAUGUUUAAGAAAGCAAUAAGAUUAUGAGUAUCCAAUUUUGGGUAAUCAAUUAAAUA